GCAUGAUUUUUUCAACUGUUCCAAAUGCUCGCUCUACUGAAUUGGCUCAGUUAUGCAUUGAGCGGCUAAAGUUGUGUCCAGCUGUAACACGAUCAGCAUCGCAACAUGUGAUCGCAAGUGCGGUGCCAGAUUGGUAUUUGUCCAACUUGUGCACCAAUAAUGUUCUACCCGAAACUACGUUGACCACCGGAAGUCUAUUGGAGUCGGAGGUACUGCACCUGUCAACGAGGUCAUACGCGGGGAGGCUUCCGCCAGACAACUGGACGCAGAUCUAUGUCACAGCUGUCAAUAAACUCCCAACCGGGAGGUACCUGCGUGUGCCUGGUACGAAGAACCCAUUCGAGAAGGAGUCCAUGGGCUACAGAGACUACUAUGCCACCCUGAGUGAGCAGAGUUCACUACACACGUGGCUGAGAAACAACUCCAGGUUGAAGAAUAGUCUGAGUCCGAGUGACUCCGCUUCGCUACAGAAACUCAUCGAACAGAGCAUAUCCGAAAAAGAGGUAAAUUUUUCAAUAGGCGGAGUGCUGAGUGAAAUAUACAACAGGCCGAUUUUGGAUUUGAGGAGUGCUUGUUGCUCUACUGACAGAAGUGAAACUAUUCGACCACAUGUGCAGACUACACUGCCAUCGAAAUCAGUCUCAGACGUUUACGCGAAUCCAGAAUUAACAAUGCCGAUUGCUACUUCAGUGCACUCAAACAUUCUGCCUGCUUUUGCUAUUCUGGAGUUCGAAGAUCAUUUCAUCAUUCUGCUCGAGUACAGCGACUUCUCCCUCAAAGACAUCUUGGAUUACUCGCCUGCCCUGGUCGAACCAUUUGACCAGAAGAACUUUCUCUUCUUCCAAAUUCUAUCUGCUGCAAAGUUUCUACAAGAGUUCAAGAUUUCUAUUGGCGAGAUCAAAACUACUGAUUUCUACAUCGACAAUAAUACCUGGAUACAGCUGAUUCCGAAUUUUGACUCUUGCUUCUCACAAGUUUUCGAGAAGUUUGACGAAGAAAUUGCAAUCUCAGAAUCACAUCGAGUUCUUGCUGAAAUUAAGUUAAGCGAAGCGACGCAAGCGUGGGUCAUGGGCGCUCUCUCUAAUUACGACUACAUCAUGAUUCUAAACAAAGCGGCAGGUCGGGUGAUGAACGAGCCAAAUAACCACCCGAUCAUGCCGUGGGUGACAGAUUUCAAGGAAAUGUCCGCUCGGAGGAACCUCAGGCAUUCCAAGUACAGGCUAAACAAAGGAGACGCCCAGUUGGAUUUCAGUUUCGCUUCAACCAAGAUGCUCAAAACGGGAUUCGAAAGCUCACUGAGUCUCGAAACUGAGUCUUCGCUUAUAACGUCGCCACAUCACGUGACCCACUUCUUCUCGGAUAUAACCUACUACGUGUAUAAAGCUAGAGUAACUCCCGUUGAGGUUUUGUGCAAACAUGUGAGACCUAACUGGGUGCCUCAAGAGUAUCCAGCGUCGAUGGAAAGACUCUACGAAUGGACUCCGGACGAGUGUAUCCCCGAGUACUUCUCGGACGCCUCAGUUAUCAAGUCGUGUCAUGCGGAUAUGGAUGAUAUUAAGUUGCCGGCCUGGUCGCAAGGGGAUCCGGAGUUGUUUGUAAAGCAGCACAGGGCUAUUUUGGAGUGCGACGAAGUGUCGGAACGACUGCAUUACUGGAUUGAUAUCACCUUCGGGCACCAGCUUACUGGCUCGUCGGCUGUCACGAGUAAGAACCUCGUUCUGCAAUUGGUCGACAGCCACAAGCACCCAAUGAACCACGGGCCAUUGCAGUUGUUCAAUGUCCCCCACCCGCCUAGAAUGCCAGCGACACCAAUUGAGAGCAUCGGAGUCCCCGAAAUUGACCAACUGCUGCGGGAAACAACUCAGGACACGGGUGACGACAAAAACGCCAACAUUCAAAACAGUCUUGCUGGAAGUGUUAGUGUGAAAUCGCAUAAGAAAGCGGCUAAGCAUAAGCGGAAUAACAGAAUGGAUGUUGUGGCGCCUGUAACUGUUAUUGAAUCGCUUGGGUUGUUUUCGAAUCGGUUAAAUCCGGCUGGACAAGAGAAAUGGAAAAUGGGUUUGGACUCCACUGCUUCAGGUGUGAAUUUGAACACGACUUAUGGUGGAUCUCUGCGGAAUGUGAAAAGUUGGUCGGAAGUGUUACUUGAAGAUAUGAAGAUUGUUACCUUUCUCUGGUGUCAUUUGUGGCUGUCGCGCAAACUGUGUUUUGAGGCUGAUCAAAGUGUUAAUCACACUUUGGUCAUGUGUUCGAAGGUUAUUGAGCAGAGAUACACGCUACUUUCAAGGUGCUUCACAUCAAACUAUGAAGAAUUCAUGCGCGACCGAACAAACCACAUCAAACUAACUCCUGCCAUGUUGAUCCAACCACAUUGCCACGUGAUCAAAUUCCCAGCAGGCAUGGAGAACUGCUACAAAAUAUGCAAACUAAGCUCACUGCUUCAAUCCACAGACUUUCCUGAAACUGUGACGCCAGAAUUGUUUCAAACCAUGGCCAAGUUCCUAUCGCUAUUGGACUCCACGGCAACUAUAAAUCUGAUGUCGAUCUGUCUUCCGUUUGUACAGACGCUGGUUGAAAAUGAAGCGACGAGGUGUCUUGCUAUUGUUAAAAUAGUGCCAGUGGCGUGUAGGUCUCUGUCGAAGAGAUCGAGUCAAGAAGCCUUUUUAAGACUGGUCGUGAAGUGUUUCGAGGAAGAGAGCAGUUCGGCUGAACUUCAUAAGCUCUACUCGAUAUCGUUUGCAGAAACGCUCAUUCGCAUUUUCGGGCUGUCUGUCUUUGCGAAGAAAUUUCUCAAGUUUUUUGUGGAAGGUCUCGCAGGAUCCAAAGAAGCUGACAAAAACAAAUCAGCUCAAAAAUGUACAGUAAACACGGACGAACAAAAAUCGACACCCCUGGGAGUCGAAACUCAGGUUAGUUUACAAGACGCAGUUCAUCGAAAUGAAACUUAUUCUGAUACAGGGCAGUUAUUAACGUCGGACAGCGAUAAAGAUACAAAGUCUUCGUCAACUUCAGAAUCGGCGGAUUCGUGUCUAGAAACUAAUGAUAUCAUGCGUAAAAAAGAAACUAGAGACUUUACAAAUUCAGUUCUUCUAACCGGUCCCUCAUGGCAAUGUAAAACGCCAAGCCCUUCACCUUCCUUGGCGAAUUCGGAAACGCAUGAUUCAAUCAGCCAGGGUGAUAUGGAUGAACCGCGAGAUGCGUUGAAUCCGAAUUUCGGAACUGCCCUUUCGCCUCAAGACAACGGUUUGGCUAAUCGUUACUCAUUCAGUGAAUCAAUGCAGAUGUCUUAUUCGAGACACAGACGAGCGACGUCUAGAGAUUUGAAAUUAAGCGAUCCUUCAAGCCCCGGUAUUGUGAAACGAAAUACCCUGUUUUCUACACGAGGUCAGUCAAGGGUAUCGAACAUUACGGAAGAGACGCCAGAAGACCUGGUUUCGGAUAUGGCAGUGGAAACAUGCAGUGCAUUGGUGUUCACUUUGGGACCGAGAAUCGCAGGAAGAUUCUUGGUGGAGGAGUUGCUGACUCAAACAGCAAUCUGGUUUGAAACGUCAACUUUAGCCGACGAUAGGUCAAUUGGUACACUCGAGCGAAUUUUGAGGUGCUUGAGCGAAGCUGUCCUUGUGUAUGGCGAAGAAGUAAUUGAUUCGCAGAUUUUCGCUUUUGUCUUCAAACAGCUAGACGGCAUAACAUCGCAGGUAUCGGAGAGGUCCGUUGCCAGUAUUCUUGCAGCACUUCAUAUCAUGAAGUUGUCCGUGUCGCUAAUGACGGAUCCAUUUUUGGUGAAAAAUCUGCACAAAUUGAACAUGGUUUUAGUGAAAGUAGCCAACAUUUUUCUCUCGCCGACUUCAAACUUGGCAGACAAUCCGGACUCUAGGUAUGUCAUGGCAUCAGUUUGGAUCAAGAUUCUAACUGAAAUCUGUGGGCGAAUUGGACGAGACAUGAUUCUGAGCAGUUUUAUGAAAACUGUCCUGUCUUUCUUUACAAAUUUGGAAGAUUUCCUGACCCGAUCAGCAAUGCCGAGACAGCCAUUGAGUUACGAGUUUUCGCCGUUUAAGAAGGGUGCUUCAAGUGGGGAGUCGGCGGACUUCUACACAGACGUCGCUAUACAGCAGGAUUCCAUCAUGUUCGGAACUCCAAAGAACUAUUCUAACUUGAUGAGAUCAAGUGGCGAAGACUACUACUUGACCCCUGAACUGUACACCUACUCAGAAAUGACACCCGAGAAGGAGGAGGAGUUUUCGGCCUGCUUCGACCUCAAACUCAUUAUGAGCAUAUACGCACCUCUCUGUAAACUACUCGGCAAUGUCUACAUGGAGAAGCGGAUGAACCAGUUUCCAAGUGUGAAAUCAUUAGUUGAUCAGCAGGUGGACAUCUCGAGCGGCAGUAGUAGCUGCAGUGAACCGGAAACAGAAGAAGACGACGAAGAAGUUCGCAGAACGGAGGAUGCGAAAGAUAGAGGAGGCGAAAGGCCUCCUUUGAGGAAUCAUUAUCAGAGUGCCUCGAACUUCACAAGUAGCUUGACUCAGUUUGAAGUGUCACCGGAGAGGACCAAUGAGUUGACCCGAUCUGGCUCGUGGAUAGCUAACAGAGAACAAACAGAUAUGUACGCAGAGUGGCGGCAAGGAGGUAGAGUGAGAUCAUCUGCAUUCAUAAUUGAACCGACUCGCAGUGCUGCUGCCAAUCAAACGUCCAGAUCAGCACUCUUCAGAGACACACUCUAUUCCAGAUCCGACCGCAUUCUGGAUAGUGACUGGCGAAUUUACUGGAACAAGACAAUACGAGAGAAAGAAAGUGAUCCCUUUAGAAUGAUGUCGGUGAAAUUGGACAGCUUCGAAGGCCAUCAGGGUGCAGUGCGGGGUCUCAUUCCUGUGGGUAACUUCGAGUCAACCUUCUUGUCUCACGGUAAAGACCAAACAGUGCGGGUUUGGUCCAUUGCGAACCAGAAGUUGGGUGUGAAUGGAGAGUCGAAGCCGAUAACUGCAAGCUUCACAUAUCACCUACACAAGAAGAGCUUGAACGGGGUAUUCUACUCGACUUACCUGCAGAAAGUAGUUAGCUGUGAUGGAAGUAUUCACAUUUGGGAUGCGACGACAGGCACCCAGUCUCGUUUUAUCGACUUAUCUCACGCCUCGUCCAGUUCCAAGCACUCCCAGUCAUCCUCUUCGGCUGUGGCUCUCUGUGAGGCUGGACCUCGUCUCUGCUUCGCCGCCAGACAGGACGCCUCUCUCGCCCUCCUUGACUUGAGGUGCCCGACUGAGCAGUGUGCGGACUUCAAGAUCCCAAUUCUGCACUCGUUUGCCGUGAGGAGUGUCUGUGCCUCGAGUGAGGGCGUCUGGGGUGCCGCUGGACUGUCUAACGGUCAGGUGGUCGUGGUCGACUUCAGAAAUGGAAUGACCCCAGCCGCAUGGAAAGCACACGACUCUGAAGUUACGAAGCUGAAGAGUCUUCCGUUCUCACCUGGCGCCUUCCUCUUUUCCCAGUCGACUGCAGAUGGAAAACUGUACCUGUGGAACUUCGAAAACAGCGACGAACAGAGCAAAAUAGUCGCGUCCUUCAACAAACACAACGACUCCCCCAUGACUCAGUUUGAGCUGUUCAGCAACUCACAGCUAGUUGGAUGCACUGGCGCCAACAAGUUCAUAUCUUACGAAAAAGCCUUCACGUCUCAUUCUAGUUCCGAUGUGAGAAUAGAGAAGUUGCCGAUGGAUUUGUUCCAACUGUCGGCUAACAGCACAAUAACCGCACUGGCUGCUCUACCCAUCAAUAGGAUGAUGCUGCUGGGCACAGACUCCGGUGCUAUUAGACUAAUCGCUUAAUUAAGCGAAGAAAAUAAUUAUCAUCAUGUAGUUAUUACUGCUAGCAUAAAGUUUAAAUUAAAUUAUUGUUGCCUAAUCAAAAUUAUUGUUCCCUUAUAACCAAAUGUUUAUUUUCAUC